AGAAAUGAUAGAAGAAAAGAAACAACCCAAAGAUAAGAUAGAAGAAAAGAAACCUGCCAAAGAAAAGUUAGAAGAAAUGAUACAUCCAAAAGAAAAGAAAAAAGAAAAGAAACCUGCCAAAGAAAAGGUAGAAGAAAAGAAACCUCCCAAAGAAAAGAUAGAAGAAAAGAAACCUCUCAAAGAAACAGUAGAAGAUAAGAAAGCUCCCAAAGAAAAGAUAGAAGAAAAGAAACCUCCCAAAGAAAAGGUAGAAGAAAAGAAACCUUCCAAAGAAAAGAUAGGAGAAAAGAAACCUGCCAUAGAAAAGGUAGAAGAAAAGAAACCUCCCAAAGAAAUGGUAGAAGAAAAGAAACCAGCCAAAGAAAAGAUAGAAGAAAAGAAACCAGCCAAAGAAAAGGUGGAAGAAAAGAAACCUGUCAAAGAAAAGAUAGAAGAAAAGAAACCUCCCAAAGAAAAGACAGAAGAGAAGAACGCUCCCAAAGAAGAAGUAAAAGAACUAAAGAAGCCAACAAUAAAUUCAGAACCAAAAAAAAGAGUUGGAAAAGAAAAACCAUUCAGACCUUCACAAGAACRAGCAGAGAAGAUUAGAAAAGAGGAAAAGAAAACUACACCAAAGCUAGAUGUCACACUCAAAAAGAGAAUCACAGAAGUGAAGCGAGUGUCUGCUUCAGUACUCAAGAAAGAACACCUUAACGUUACAAAAACCGAUGUCAAACCCAAAAAACUAAUUACACAAGUGAAGCGGGUGUCUGUUUCUGUCCUCAAGAAGGAACAUCGAAAUAUAACAAAAGCUGAGGUUCCUGAGGUGACAGCUAAACCAGGACUGCUGAAGACAGCUCUGAAGGAGCACAAAAAGGAACCACAAGCAAAAGUCAGAACUAAAUCUGUUAAACCAGAGAUAAAACCCAAAAAACGAGUCAUAGAAGUGAAGCCAGUGACUGCUUCUGUCCUCAAGAAGGAACAUCUUAAUGUUACAAAAGCUGAUGUCAGACCCAAAAAACGAGUUACAGAAGUGAAGCGGGUGUCUGCUUCAGUCCUCAAGAAGGAACAUCGUAACAUUACAAAAGCUGUUCCUGAAGUGAAAGCUAAACCAGAACUGGUGAAAACAGCCCUAAAGGAGCACAAAAAGGAACUACAACCAAAAAUCAGGCCUACACCUGUUAAACUAGAUGCUGAUGAAGCAAAGAAAAAAGAUAAAACAACCCAUGAAAAGAAAGAUGCAGUGCUUACAAAAGAGAAAUCCAAACGAGCUCCUUCAAAGAAAGAGAAAACUGUUGUGAAGAAGAAAAAAGAAGCUAAAGAAGACAGAGUUCUUAAGGAGAUCCAAGCGUCUGUAAAGAAAGAAAAACCUGCUGAAAAGAAAGUUGCCAAGGAGGAGCCGUUUGAAGAAAAACCUCCUGAGAGCCUUUUUUUGGAAGAUGAGCUGCCAUACUUCCAGUGUUUCUUUGUGGACGAAGACGAGGCUCAGUUUCCUUUUUACGCCUUCUCACCUCUGCAGAUUUGACUCUUCAGUCUGAAUCCAACAUGAGGUUUACAGUUUGGUUAAAAAAAAGAAAUACAUUAAGAAACAUCACCUCCUGUGCUGCUGACCACGGCUGCAGCUGUUCACGCUUUACAAAAAGCAGGUAAACGUGGUCAGCAAAAGGAUGAAAGGUUGAUGUGAUGGAUUGUUUUAUAAUUUCCAGAACUGGUUGAGCUCUCGUACCAAAUACAUGCAGUUUGUGUCAUUCCUUUUUAUUUUUUAAUGUUUUCAUUGUUUUUAUUUUUAUUCACUACUUGAAAAUCUGUGACAUUAAGGAAGAUAAACCUUUUUGCUUUUCAGUAGAUGAUGUUUGUCUAAUUUUGUUUCACACGUCCAAUAAUUUCAUAUUAUUUCCGAUAGUGCUGUUUUAAAAUUAUUUCUUUUACUUUGUACAUGUUUAAGCAUCUAAAGGAAUGACUAUGCCUUGUAUAAGAGAGCUCCCAGACUUUACUGGUGGGACAAAAUAAUACCUGAAAUCUUGAAAGACUUAUUUAACUGAACAUCGAGUCUGCACCAAGUUUUAUUUCAAAACAGGUGCGAAUAGAAACUAUUUCCUGAACUCUCAGAUUAAAGCUGGAGUUUAGAUGGAUUUUUUUAUUUUAUUAUUCUUUUUUUUUUGUAAUUUCUAGCACCAGUUAUGAGAAUUCCUUGACUGACCAAAUACACCGUCUCUGAGUUUGUCAAUGGCUGUUUAGUCGUGUACUUAGAGAAGAAACUUGACAUAUUUUGGGAACUUGUGUACAAACUGGGCACACAGUAUAACAUCAGUCAACAGAUUGGGACGCACACGUGCAUCAUAAUCAAACAGGAUUUCUUUUAUUUGAACAACCUGUACUUGUGAUGUGUGCGGUGAAACCUGAUAUUAAAGAUAAACUCUAUAUUCCUGUAGUUUAAAGCCUGGAACAGAAAUAUUUGUGAAAACACGGCAGAGUCUAAUGGGGCAUGGUUCCGCUAAUCAGCCAUCUGCUAAUCGCUGAACUAAGUUUUUGUUUAGCAGAGUAGUUUUUUUUUCACCAACUUUGAAAAACGUUAGCAGACCAGUUAGGUUUUGCCUACUUUAAUUCUGCUAACAGCUAACUAACAUCAACAGGUUUGUGUCAGUCCCAGUCUUAGCUGGAAGGAGACAAAAAGACGUGACACAGACUGAGGGACAGUCGUCUUAGUGGUUAGCUUUAAUCAUUUUUACUUGUUUAGCGUUAGCUUCUGCUAAUUCUUUUUAUUUAUAUGUUUAGCAUUAGCUAAGCAAUACUUAUAAUUAGCAGAUUAUGAGUUAGCGAGGCUAACGCUUUGGUGUGCACACUGCUGACAUGAUUAAAUGUAAUCAUAUCAGCACACCAGGAGAUCACAUUUGUAGCCUACAUGACUGGCAGAUGUUGCUAAACCAUGUUUUUGAAUCCGCUUUUAAGGCUACAUUUGUCAUAAUGCUCCAUAUGUUGAACAGAGGACUAUAACUGUGGCUUGUAGCUCUAAUCCUGAGUCACUUAAAUCCACUUAUGUUCUGAGAUGAAAUAAUAUGAACCUACUUUUUACCAACGAGGCACACAUCGCAGCUCUGAAAGCUGCAGAUUUCUUACGAUGCUUCAAAACGACUGGCUUGUUCCUACAUGACAGCUCUGUUCUGUCUUACUUUUUUUUUAAGAAGCAAUAAAGGAGGGUGUUCCUGGUGAGGAAAGGUAAAUAUUAGUUUUUUAAAACACACUCACCAGGUGAACAUGUGCAAUACUUAGCUUUUGUCUCAUAGUCUUUAGAUCAACAGUGCAUGAUGUGUGUUUGUAGUUUCUCAGACGUUCAUGUAAAAAUAUUCCACCCAGUCAGAGGUUUAACUUGCAAACACAUUUAGGAACGUUUAAAACCAAAAAACUUAACAGAACAGGCAACAAAAGCUGUUAUUUAUGUAAAUAAGUGAGAAAAUUAGAUGAUUUGAUCUGAAUCUGUUACUAAAACUGUUCUGUCUCCACUUUAAAGUGUAGGUAAUAUGUAAAAUUUGUUAGGUGUGCCCUCAUUGUGAUUAUAAAUAGAAAUAAAUUGUCAUUUUAAAAAA